AUGUCUACCAGGAAGGUGCGAGUCAAGAAGCUCAGCCCCAAAACUCCCCUUGGGGUGCACCGAGAAGAUCAAAUCGACCGCGGUGAUUACGAUGCUCUUACAACCGACAACCAAAUUGCAACUGGUGUCGAGCAAGCCGAGGAAAAUGAAAUCCAUCUUCAGACCAUUCUGAAAGAGGCGGGGACCAGCAAUGACCAGGAGAUUCCUGUCCCGCCGCCACAGCCGAGCAAAACCAACUAUGAUGAGCUCUACCUGUCCCGUUUCUCGGGGCCCCAGUCCUAUAUUCGUUUCUCGCAAACGGUAGAGGAGUGUGUGUCGUGUCAAUAUGACAUGACAACGGAGGAUGAUGAGUUCCUAAAAGAGUACAAUAGCAAGAAGGCGGGAGCGGAGGUGCUCUCUGAAGAUGGCUUCGAGAGGAUCAUGGACGUGUUUGAAGAGACGGCCUCUGCGCAGACGCCAUUCGCAUCGGUGGAUAACACAGUGGUGUCUUAUGACGCCAUGCUGCCCUCGUUAACCUCGCUGACUUCCCCACAAACGAUACCCCAUGCCAAGGCGAUAUACGAGUACUGGAAGACUCGUAGGAUCGAGUGCGGAAACACGUCGAUCCACCCGGCUCUCAAAUUCGAGACGCACCCCGAGAGCGAUGACAUGGACCCGUAUGUCUGCUUCAGGAGGAGGGAGGCUAGGCAAACACGCAAAACCAGGGCCCGUGAUGUACAGAGUGCGGAAAAACUCAAGAAACUGCGGCGUGAGCUGGAAGAGGGGAGGCAGCUCAUUGUCCUCUCACGCGAAAGAGAACUACUCAAGCGUGAGCUAAUGAACUUUGAGAGGAGCAUCUUUGAGCAGAGGCAGAGGUUCAAGACGAUGAAGAUCCGACUCGGCAUCAAGGCCGAUGACGAGGAUCUCAUCCACCAAAAGCCUCAGAAGAGAAAGGCUGCCGAGCCUCCGGCGCUGCAGAAGCCGCCAAGUGGGCCCAAAGCGGCCCCCGUCCGGACGGAGACGCGGCCUCCAGAACCGGAGCUCGUCCUUUUGGAGGACAAGCUCGCGGAGAAGGAGAACGAGCUUCGGCUGGAUUUGGAGAACAAGGUUCUCUACCACCGGCAGUGGAAUCAGGACUAUGUGGAUCUCACCAUGGGGCCCUUGUCACCUCCAGACGACCAACGCACGGAAGAUAUCAAGUUCAGGCCAGCCAAGAUGCAGUAUCUGAUGACGCCGCCGGCAUCCAGUGCGUCGGAUUCGAUGGACAUCGACGAGGAACCCCCAUCCCCUACGUCGUAUAGGCCGUGGAAGUACGACUCGGAUGAGGACGACGACACACCCAUCUACGAGGUGGAUCCUUUUAACACUACUGCCCUGCGUUUCCGGUCAACUGUGCCCCUUCCCAAUUUCAUGUGGAAGAGGCCAAAAGAACUGUCAGCGAUAGAACAGGCGAGCAGCUCACCUCACGGCCAACAACAACAAUCCCAACAACCCUCACAGCAGCAGCAGCAGCAGCAAGCCCAGGGAACUCAGCAACAAGCCCAGCAGCAAACCCGGCCCCCUACUUGA